GGCCGCGCUGGGGCGGGGGCUGCGGUCACCCCGUCACCGCGGGACACCUCCGGAGAAGGGGGGCCCUCCCCUCCGCUCGGCCCUAGCGAGACCACGGCUGGAGUGCGGGGUCCAGUCCUCGGUACUAGAGGGACAAGGACCUACUGGAGAGGGUCCAGCGGAGGUGCCAAAGACGAUGAGGGGUCUGGAUCAUCUCUCAUAUGAGGAGAGAAUGCGUGAGCUGGGCUUGUUUAGUCUACAGAAGACUGAGAGGGGAUUCAUUAAUGCAUAUAAAUAUCUCAAAGGUGGGUCCCGAGAGCGUAGUGCCAGACUUUCCGGUGGUGCCCAGUGACAGGACAAGGAGCAAUGGCCAUAAACUUAAACACAAACUAACGCACAAGAAGUUUCGCCUCAACGUGAGGAAGAACUUAUUUACGCUGGGGGUGGCAGAGAACUGGAACGGGCUGCCCAAGAGAGGUUGUAGAGUCCCCCUGUCUGGAGACGUUCAAAACCCACCUGGACGAGUUCCUGUGCCACCUGCUCCGGGUGACCCUGCCUUGGCAAGGGGGUUGGACUAAAUGAUCUCCACAGGUCCCUUCCAACCCCGAAAAUUCCGUGAUUCUGUGACCCGCGGGCUCCCAUCCCUUGCUCAGAGGGAGAAGCCGGGAACGCUCCUGCGCGGGCUCUGCUUUCCGGGGGGAAGCGGCGGGACGGACCCGGGUCACCGGCGGUCAUGGAGCGGCGGGAGCAGGAGGCGCUGGAGCUGGAGCGGUGGGAGCAGCCGGCCAUGGAGCGGCGGGAGCAGCCGGCGGUGGCAGUGGAGCGGCUGGACGGGGUGACGCGGGAGCGGUUCCUGCGGGACAUCUACCCGCGGAGAAAGCCAGUAGUUCUGAAAGGAAUGGAACUGGGCCCUUGCACAACCAAAUGGACAGUAGAUUACUUGAGCCAAGCUGAAGGAUCUAAAGAAGUAAAGAUUCACGUUUCCACAGUGCCACAGAUGGAUUUCCUCAGUAAGAACUUUGUGUAUAGAACUCUGCCUUUUGAUGUAUUUGUACGAAGAGCAGCUGAAGUCAACCACCAGGAGUACUUUCUUUCUGAGGAUGAAAAGUACUAUUUGCGAUCAGUGGGUGAAGAUGCUAGGAAGGAUAUUGCAGAUAUCAGGAAGCAGUUUCCUGUUUUGGCAAAAGACGUUCAAAUUCCAGAGUAUUUUGAGAAGGAACAGUUCUUCUCUAGUGUCUUCCGCAUCAGCUCAGCUGGAUUACAGUUAUGGACACAUUAUGAUGUAAUGGAUAACUUCUUAAUCCAAGUCACAGGGAAAAAACGAGUUGUUUUGUACAGUCCUCGAGAUGCACCAUAUUUAUAUUUAUCAGGUACUAAAUCAGAGGUGCUGGAUGUGGAUAACCCAGACAUGGAGAAAUAUCCCCUUUUUGUGAAAGCCAAGCGCUAUCAAUGUCUUCUGGAAGCUGGAGAUGUGUUAUUUAUUCCAGCUUUGUGGUUCCACAAUGUAAUUUCUGAGGAAUUUGGAGUGGCACUGAAUGUCUUUUGGAAACACCUUCCUGCUGAAUCCUAUGAUAAGACAGACACUUAUGGAAAUAAAGAUCCCAUGGCAGCCUCUAGAGCUAUACAGAUCUUGGACAGGGCCUUGAAAACACUUGAAGAACUACCUGAAGAAUACAGGGAUUUUUAUGCUCGGAGAAUGGUGUUACGCAUCCAAGAAAAAGCCUAUAGGAAUGAUUAUGGAUAAAAUAACACAUUGUAAUUCAGCAAGCUUCUGUGCAAGUAGAAAAUUGUAUGUCAAUAUGGAAACUGUCCAUGUGUACAUACAUUUUGAGACCAAUAAAAACUGUUGGUAAAUAUUCAUCUAUAACGAA